GUCUCAGCGCUGAAGCUUGAUUCUUUGAGGAGCCAGUUCGCUGGUCAUGUCUGGCAGAGGGAAGCAGAGUGGCAAGGCGCGCGCCAAGGCGAGGACUCGCUCCUCCCGGGCCGGGCUCCAGUUCCCCGUGGGCCGCGUCCACCGCCUGCUGCGCAAGGGCAACUAUGCAGACCGGGUGGGCGCCGGCGCCCCCGUGUACCUGGCGGCCGUGCUCGAGUACCUGACGGCCGAGAUCCUGGAGCUGGCGGGCAACGCGGCGCGCGACAACAAGAAGACGCGCAUCAUCCCGCGCCACUUGCAGCUGGCCAUCCGCAACGACGAGGAGCUCAACAAGCUCUUGGGUGGGGUGACCAUCGCGCAGGGCGGCGUGCUGCCCAACAUCCAGGCCGUGCUGCUGCCCAAGAAGACCGAGAGCCACCGCCACAAGGCGCAGAGCGUGUGAUGCCUCCGAGCCACGAGUCCUACCGGGGGAUGUGAAUUGCCAAAAGGCUCUUUUCAGAGCCACUCAGAGUCUCAG